UUCCCUAGGGAUAACCCAUGGCGUGCCGUGCCGUGGGCCGGGUCCGCAUGGGAGCGUGGGGCCCCGGCCGGAGGCAGCAGGUCGUCCCCAGGCCUCGGGGCUGCCGGGGCCAUGCUGCGUCUCCAGCGCGUUUCUGGGACCCGCGGGGCGGAAGCCCGGGCAGCUCCCGGACGGACGGCGUUCCCGGCAUUCCUGGCGUUCCCAACGCUGAAACGCUGCUUCGCUGCCGGCUCUCUCCACCGUGCACCAGGAGCCGCGGCGGCCCGGGGGGCGGCCGGCAGCCCCCGCUCCCGAAGCACCGCGGCGCACGCGGGCCAUUUGCAUGGGAGAGACGCAGGGGAAGCCCCCGGAAACACAUGGCCCGGGCAUUAAUCAAAUCUCUCUAAUAAUAAACCUCCUGAGUAAGGAGCGGGCGCGGGGCCGCGGCUCGCGGCGGCAUGGCGGCGGCCGGGGGAGCCUAGCAGCGCCGCGCCGGAGCCGAGCGCAUGGCACGGCCGCGCGGCCCCUGGGAUGCCAUGAACAACUGCACGGACCAGCAGUACUGGGACGCCCUCGUCUGCCAGUGCAUCCCCUGCAGCCUGGUGUGCGGGCGGCCCGCGGUGCCCCGCUGCGCCGCCCUCUGCGAGUCCAUGACCUGCAGCAGGAGAGCCGGCUUCUACUACGACGAGCUGCUGAAGAAAUGCAUCAGCUGCGCCACGGUCUGCGGGCAGCACCCGAAGCAGUGCGCCCCGGCCUGCGAGGCCACCCUGGCCGUCACGCCGGUGCCGCCGGCCGCCCUGGGCAGCGCCUCGCUGCCGGCCGCCGGCCUGGAGCAGAAGCCGUGCGCGGAGCAGGACCCGUGGCUGGUCGUCUACCUGCUGCUGGGGCUCUGCCUCUGCGCCCUCGUCUGCUCCCUGUUCCUGGGCUGGAGCCACCUGCGGCGGAAGGGAGAGGUGGUCUCCUGCCAGGCCAGCGCCGGGCCCUGCCACCGCCGGGAUGACUCCUCCAAAGAUCGCCUGGUGGAAGCGGGCAGCGUUGGUGAUGGAUCCACUGGGAGCAGGGUGCCGGAGCCAGUGGAGACCUGCGGCUUCUGCUUCCCCGAGCACGGCUCCGCCGUGCAGGAGACCAAGUCGUGCCACGGCACCUCCUGCCACGUAGCAGAAAGGGUCACUGCCUCCCACAGCGGGAUAUGCAGCAUGGGAAGCGCGGGGGCCGUUCCCGGUCCUGACGACGGCCACUUCAAAAUCAUCUGCUCUCCUUCGCAAGAAAAGACGGCCCUGGCCUGAACGCGGCGAAGGUCCCCCCAGGUGAUGGAAUCAGAAGGAAAGUUGCUCCCUCUGCCCACAAAUGCAGCUGCUUUGCCCUCCGUUUCCAGUAAAUGUAACGGUUUCUACCACAACAGGCCUGACAAGACGCCGUCUUUGCAUGGUGGAUCCCGGCUACAACCAAUGCUAUUUUCUUCCACCGAGGAAAUGAAAUUCUCAUUAUUCUUAUGCACUCUCAAUAAAAGAAGUCCCUUUCCUUGUAGCAGCAUCCUUAUGCCCUGGCCUGACCUCCGCGGAUUUUUCCACACUCCCCGGUCAUUCGAACUGAGUCUCAUCAAGGCUUUUCACUCUGGCUCCCACAUCAGCGUCACUGGGCCUCUGCGAACGGUUUUGAUGCUCAGCCAGGAGCAGACGAUGAUGAACAACGGUCCCCCGCAGGAAAGCACAGCUUCCCUUUUUUAAAGAACUCUGCUCAUACCACAAGUAGUCGACAAGCAAUAGCGAGAGCACCGUACGCAUCUCGAACAUGAUAGAUGAAGAGAAAAUGGGCUAAGCUGUGGUGUCAGCCCAAGUCUAGAGCAGUAGUAAAUCCUUCAUGUGCAAAGCCUAAGUAUAAUGGAACAACUUGACAUUUUAAUCAAUCAUUCCUUGAACGCUGUCGGGGUGUCUCCUCUUCCACCAAACUGAUUUUCUAAGGACCACAAGGAGUUAUUUUAAAAUGUAUUUUAAAGCAUCUCAGACCUUUCAGACAAGCGAGAACAUAUGGCCUUCUCCAGCCUCCCGUGGCUGAGGUAUGGACUCAGACCCGAGAAGGUAUUCUUGGAAGUUAUAUGUAAGAGCAUUGAAUGCCAUUGGCCUUGAGGGCUUGGUGAAGCUAACAGGCCUUGGAGAAGACAUGCUGCCAUACUGACAAGCCCGGCAUGUUUUUCAACUUUAGCAAAAGUUUCUUUACAGGAGGGAAUAUUUAUUAGGGCUCAGCGCGUUUCCGAGGCGAGGAAAAGCCACACGAGCUGGCCAGGGCUUUGCGCGUGACAGCACGUGAUGCUGCACCCGCAGCAGCUGGGACAGACCCCAAGGUGCACACCGAACCCCCAGCCUGGAAAAACUUAAAUACAAAACUGCAAAUUUCACAAGUGUUGCCUAAAACUGGAGUGUUAGAUGCCUGCUAAUAACCUGUGUUUUUUUGCGUGGGCCAAACGGAAUUGGUUUUAGAUGUGAAAAGACAUUGAUGGCCGAAAACUUGACUCAGUGGUUUUAGAUACUUCUGGUUUUGGUUACCUGAAAUAGCUGGUAAAAAUGACGAGCCUCCCAAAGAUGCAGCUGCUUCGAGGAAAGAUUUUUCUCUGACCUCGAUUUGAAAGUUACUAUGGAAAAACGUGCGUUUCAACACGCAACUUGAAGUUCUCAUUUUCACUAAAGGAGAGUGUUAAGCUGUAGGAAUUUUUUGCUUGGUGAGAAAUCAUUCGUGAUAGUAGACCAUCAUGUUUGCUCAAACCAGAGUUUAAAACUUGGUAGAAUAAAUACAGGAAAGUCAAUAUAUGCACAAAUUAAAGGGCUGGUAAAUCUGACUUUCCAGGGGAAAGUAGACAGCUAGAGAGAGCAAUAGCAAGUAGUUAUAAUAAACUUCACCUCUUAUGUACUAUUUAUUUCUUCAAACUCACUUAAACGUUUUCCUAUCACUGAAGAAGGUGGCAUCUCUGGGGUGACUGUCACCAAAGAUCGUGCCAUGUUCACAGCAAUCUCUGGUCACAAAGCAGAGAAAAGCUGGAACCAAAUGAGCCCAGUAAGAACUAGAAGGUUCAAGAGCUGUUUAAAGACACGGGCUAACAAGGCACACGCUGGCCCGGUGGUGGUGAAGUGGUCCAAAUCCUCACCGUCCUGAAUCACUUCACAAGUCAACGUGGCAAUUUUCUGUCUCGUUAUUUUUGCAUAUUGUAUUUUAUUUUUUCGCACUGCUUAGCAAAGUCCUGAUAAUGUAGUAGCCCUGGGCAGCGCUUUUGCACCGUG